AGCAACGGAAUCUUGUAUUCCAUAGCCGUCGUACAGCUCGGAGCUUGCUCUGAGUUAUCUUAAAAAGAAAUUCAAAAACGUCGUAAAAACAAAAUUUUGACUAUGGGAACUCCCGAGAUAGCUUUCAUAGUAUUGAUUGCCGUGUUUUCGGCUCUACCUGCUGUUGGAAACAGCGAAAACUCGUCCGAUUCAUUUUCGCCGCAGAAGCAGCUUCCGGACGCUGACACUGUGUAUUUGGUGACACCUGGAACUAAACUUAUAGUAACUUGUACCGCGACUGGAGCUAGCAAUGUGAGCCUGCUAUUUGCCGCCCAUGGACAGGUUCAGUUCACGGAGCUCAGCGGCGAUGCCAAAGUCGCUCGCUUUGGUAGGGUGUUUGUGGUGAAUGCGGACAGGGGUGGUAUUUACGGGUGCUUGUAUCACUUUAGCAAGACUGGCAAGGAGAUGAUGACCGUAGAGAUGGAAGUGUAUAUCGACACAGCGUCAAACAUAAAGAGGUCAUAUGACCUUCAUCUUGACACAGAAGACUUGGCGGAUAGCUUCGUGACGACUGAUAACCGUACUGACAUUUGGUCGCUAUGGGAACGAGCCAAGGUGUGCUGCAACCAAUGUUUUCUUUCAGUGUGUGACUUGUGCUGUAGCUUGAUGACUCAGAUACCGCGCAUGCGCCACACGUGGGAUUUCCUGGAGCACGCUCCCACAUGGAUCAGCAGUCAGACUUCAAUGAGCUUCUCGGCAAUCACAGAUGCAACAAUACGCUACUACAUCACCGGCGAGACGUGGUACGAGGGGCUUACAGACUGGACUGUAGAGAUCUUAAAAGGAGCAUGCGCCAUUGUCGAGGGGCUCCCAAAUUGGUUAAAUGAUCUCUACAAUGGCUUCGCUGAUUGGUUCAAUAGUGAUGAUGCAUCCUGGGAAGACGUCGUUUACAGUGUCACGGCAUUUGCGUUUGGAACUGUGUUGCUAUUGGCGCAAGUAUUGGUGGUAGUCUCAGUCAGUGUAGGGGAACUGAUAGCUAGCCACCUCUUCCUGGUUCUCGGUGUAUUGUCUGCUGGUUUGCUUGCACGGCUUGCCAUUCAAAUGAUCCAUCUGAAGCUCUCACGUUGGCUGACUGAAGUCACGGAGUUUGACUUGAUUGCGUGUGGUCCUGUAAUGGCGGAUGACAUCGCAAAGAAGACACCUACACCUAAAAAGCCAAGACAGCCAAAGCGCAAGCGUUAUUACAGGAGAACACGUCAUGUUAACCGACCUCGGGGUAAACCUAGCAAUAACCAAGCACACGUGACUAUUCCCAUAAUCAAGGAGCCAAUAGAACCUGUCCGUUAUAUUGACAUCUGUGAUUGUCAGCACUGCCACGACAAUGGCUUCUUCUAAUUUCAAAUAUCUCCUAUCGCAUACUGUCGUCUCUUCAAGGCACACUGAUUAUAGCCAAUCAUCCAGCAUGUUCCUGUUACAAUUGCCGUGCGAAUGUGUUAUCCCCUGACCCAGUCGUUUAUCAACAUGGCCGCUGUCGACUGACGAACCCAGCCAUCCAGUAAUCCUAGCAACAAGUUCCGUAAAACAGCACUAUGUCAGCAGUGGUGAGAACUGUAACAUGAAGUGUCGACCAUGUAUAUCGAACUCGCUUUUUAAAGAGCUUCACUAUAUUACACUAACACUCGCCGUUUGAGAAUAAAGAUCUUGAAUAAAACUA